AUGACGAACGCCGCUGCCGCCUCCGGCAAGCCGUCGGACACGGAGAUCUUCAGCACCAUCGAGCGAGCUACCUCCGUCUUCUCCAUUCUAGGAUGCAUGGUCGUCAUCACCACCUUUAGCGUCUCCAGGGCGUUCCAUAAACCCAUCAACCGGCUGGUGUUUUACGCAACGUUUGGGAACUUGAUGACGAAUGUAGCAACACUCAUCGGCGGGUCCUUCAUCAACGAUAUCAACCACGCUGGCUGCCAGUUGCAAGCGUUUUUGAUUCAACUCUUCAUGCCUGCUGAUGCCUUCUGGAUGUUGGCCAUGGCCGUGAAUGUGCAUCUCACGUUUUACCAGAAGUUCGACGCGAGACAGCUACGAAGGAUGGAGAUCCCUUACCUGUUAUUAUGCUACGGGAUCCCCUUCAUCGUGGCUUUGUCCUUGAUCUUCAUCUCGACCCCUGAAAAAGGUCGUAUGUACGGCAACGCCACUCUGUGGUGCUGGAUCACCCCUCAAUGGGAUAUUUUCCGCAUCGCCAUCUUCUACGGGCCUGUUUGGGUUGUGAUUCUCAUCACCUUUUUCAUCUACAUCCGCGCCGGCCGCGAGAUUUACAACAAGCACAAGCAGCUGAAGGAGUUCAGCACCAGCCACCAUGACCCCGAGCCCGCUCACGGCACGGACGAUCCCUUCAGCUCGACGAAGACCACGGAAGUUUACGUGACCACCGAGGUGAUCGACAAGGGCCUCGAUAUGGGACCUCUGGGGGGACAUGAGCGUCGUCUUUCCACCCCCGAGAAGCCGUCGAAUGCUGCUUACUCCGUCCACAUUUCCUCCAACCGUCCUGGUGAUUUCUAUGGCGAGAGCGGCGACACCACGACCAACGACCGGAACAGCAACGGCAAUGGCAAUGACACCAACAGCAACAAAGUGUUGACGGGCAAGGUCCAAACGAUCAUCACAGCCGGCAAUCGCAAUCAUGGCGGAGGUGGUGCCACCCUUACGCGCAGCACGACCAACAGCAACAACAGCCAUCUCGGUGGUAAGCUGCAGACAAUGUCCAGCACAACCGGCACGUCCGUAGGAGGAGGAAACAGCGGCCCCGGUCAUAACGGCAACAACCAGCUGCGACGGCGCGCAGCAUACGAGGCCAACAACGCGACAUGGUCGUACACGAAAUGCGCCCUGCUCUUCUUCUUCGCCAUGUUGGUAACAUGGAUCCCGUCCAGCGCCAACCGUGUCUACAGUGUCGUCCACCCGGGAGAGGCCUCCCUGGCCCUCGAGUACAUGUCGGCCUUUGUGCUGCCGCUGCAAGGGUUCUGGAACGCCAUCAUCUACUGUGUCACCUCCUGGGGCGCCUGCAAGAUGCUGUGGGCAGACGCCCGCACAUGGUGCUCGUCCGUCGGCACGAGCCGUGGUCGCACCAACGCGCAUGAGCUAGGUGGCGUGGGCGCGGGCGCGGCAGCGGGUGGUGUUGGCGGCGGUGCCGGUCUGCCUGGGGGAGGCGUUGGCCUGCACCUGGGCCGGUCCGGGUUCCAUAUGAUGGGCAACUCGCGGAGUGGGAGCAAGGCCAGCGGCUCGCGCCACUCCAAGUCGUACGAGUCGGAGAGCAUGACGGAUCUGGCAGGGAGCCGCCCCCCGUCGAGCACAUACCCGAUAACAGGGUCCUCAAAAAUGGAGGUGUGA